AUGUCAACUCCACUAAAUACAGUAAGGGCAUCGUAUCCAACUGCACAUUUUUCGCAUGUAAUAUCACGCUUUAUUGAAAAAUACCUCGCCAGCGUUGAGCAGCAAUCUCCUACUAUUUUUCCUGAUGAGAGAACCGGCAACGAUUUGCAAGACCCCUGUGUUGAUGAUAACGAAGUCAUUUUUGACGCCUUGAGUGAACUCCUACCGCAGUGGGUAUCCAUUAUUGAAACGGUAGCAACGACGCGAACUCCACAUCCUCCUCCCGCUCAGGAGAGAAUCGACAUGCAGCGACGUUGGGUGCCUCCUCCCCUCCCCGCACCUCAGGCAGUCUUGUUGACGGCAGCCGCGGCGCAUCGAGUCGAGGCCCUCUUUGAGUGGCCUCACCUGUCCUCUAUUCCUUCCGUAUGGCGAACGGGGCUUCCGCGCACCGACUUGAACGCGACGGUCGUGUUGGAGAGCCUGGCGGGCUCGUUAAUACCUUUGCUGAGGCAAAAAGCGGCGACACGGGAAAAACAGUGGUGUGAGGCCGGGAACGCCAACGCGACACAGGCAAGUGCUCAGCUAAAAACAUGGCACUUGUGGAAUGUAUUAGAAGUAAUGGCACCACUCUCUAUGCUCUAUGCAUGUUGGAUAAAGCUCAUCGUGCUCUACGACAGCUGCGCCGCUGAAAUCACAACGUACGCUACACCAAUUGCCGGGAAUGAAGCUGACGAGAUGACGAACGUUUUGUUGCCCAUCGAGCGAUUCCACUCAGCGCUUAAAGUUGCACUACGACAACUGAUGAAUGAAAAGAAUAAAUCAAUGGAUGCAGUUACGAUCCGUGGUUAUUCUGGGUCAGAUUUUGAAGUUUCCCACGAAAAGUUUGAUUUGGCGAUACAGCGCAGCCUUUUCUCGAACUGUUGUCGGUGUCUGGGGGAAACAGAGGUAGAUCAAGAGGAUCAUAAUUCUGGAGAGCGUAGGGAAGGUUUGCGAACUCUUAGAGCAGGUCCCGAUAUGGGGGUGAAAAAUGUGUGCGGCGGUUUUGCGAAGGGAAGAAGGGAGCACUAUGGUUCUGACGCGGUCGCAUCAGCUGCUGUAGCAGCGAAGUUAUGGUUUUCGGAGUGCUGCCGUAUUGCCGCGCUGGACGACACACGCUCCUUCGCGUCCGACCACGUCUCGCUUCGAGUGGUGGAGCAGCUCCUUGACUUUUUGGCCCAGCGCACACGCGAAGAGGCGAUGCGGGCUCCCAACUCUAACCAGACGGUAUCUCAGCCCAGGACGCUCCGGGUGGGCCUGUUGGCUGCCGUCAGCUUGGACAGCCCGCUGAGGCCUGCCCCUUUGGCGAAAGAACCCGGCAGCCUUGCCCAUGAGCCGGUGUGGGCCCUAACCCUUGGCUGUACACGUGGGGACGGGAAACGAGGCGCAAGCAAAAAUCGGCUGAUAGUCACCAAAUGCAAACCUCGACGGAGGAACCGGCGUGUUUCCUCCUCCGACUUGACUUCGAUAAGUACCACUGAUAACACGGAAGAUAGCACAAGCGUCGGGAGCAGCACAGACGAUUCCGAUGGGAUGUCUGACAAAGAGGACUAUUACAGACGUAGUGAUUCAAUCCUAAACGAUUCUACUCGUAGGUGGGAGGAUGUUUUCGUUGGUGGGGUUGGUGCCAGGCGACAAGCGCAACCCAGCCUUACGCAUCGGCGCCCUUGUCAGGCGCGCUUAGCGGGGGUGUCAUUUACAACCGGAACAAUCACAGAUGACUUCAGAGGAUUGCGUUUCGAGGCCGAGCGGCAUGCUCGCGGUGGAACCCUUCAAUGGUUGGCGCCAUGGAGUAGUAACAUGAUGGGAUUAGCUCCAUCGGCCAAGUUAAGGUAG